ACAUAUUUUGGUUGUCUCUCUCUGGGCCAGAUCAGUGGCUGAGGAAACUUGACGUCUUUAGAAGCAACUGCAAAGAUGGUGGUGAAAGCUGUUUGCGUGUUGAAAGGAGCUGGAGAAGCCGGUGGGACCGUGUAUUUUCAACAAGAUAGUGAGUCAGACCCUGUGAAGCUGAGCGGAGAAAUCAAAGGCCUUACUCCUGGUGAGCAUGGUUUCCAUGUCCAUGCAUUUGGAGACAACACAAACGGGUGCAUCAGUGCAGGCCCUCACUACAACCCCCACAGCAAGAAUCAUGCUGGUCCUCAGGAUGCAGAGAGGCACGUUGGGGAUCUGGGGAAUGUGACGGCAGGAGCAGAUAAUGUCGCCAAGAUAGACAUCACAGAUAAGAUGCUCACCCUCACUGGCCAGUACUCAAUCAUUGGAAGAACUAUGGUGAUUCAUGAGAAGGCUGAUGACCUUGGAAAAGGAGGCGAUGAAGAGAGUCUAAAGACUGGAAACGCUGGUGGACGUCUGGCCUGUGGAGUCAUCGGCAUCACCCAGUAAACAAUCAAUCAGUGCGGCGCACUAGAAACGACUUCUCCCCACAGCACUUAAGACCAACAUAGCUACUUGAUAUGACAGUUCGUCCUUUUCGUUUGUCUGGAUUUUUUAUUGUCUAGUCCAGAGUAGGUAAGCCAAGCUUUACCCUGGUCUGUCCUUCAUGACAGUUUGUAUGGGUUUAUGUGUCUGCUGAUUAGUUUUGGCCCCAAAGAAUUGUUAACAGAUGUAUACAAUUUACAGCGCUAAUCAAUAAAUUGUCUAUUCAUCUGAA